CAGCAGUCAGCCGGAGUGGGAACAACUGCCCUUACCUGCUCUACCUGUAGCACUGACAGUGGAAAGGGCUUAAAGUUAGAGGAACAAGGCUGUGGCUAUUGUGGUGAGCUGGUCCGAGGAGAUCCUACAUUGGAUCUGGCGGCUGUGUUAAGUAGCAGGGAUGUUUGACACACUGUAUGAGUGGUUCUGGUGGGACAGAAUCUGGCUGCCAGUGAAUCUGACGUGGGCUGACCUGGAAGAUAAGGAGGACCGGGUCUACGCCAAAGCCUCUGAUCUUUAUGUCACUGUCCCCUAUGCCUUUGUGUUCUUACUCCUCAGAUACCUGUUUGAAAAUUGGAUAGCAACACCACUUGCUGUCUCUGCUGGCAUCAGGCAGAGAGUCCAUCUGAAAGCACAGGACAACCCCAUCCUGGAACUGUACUACACCUCUCAGUGUAGACAUCCUGCUCAGGCAGACAUUGAUGGGCUGUCUAAGAAAAGCAGUCUGUCAGUGAGACAAGUGGAGCGCUGGUUCAGAAGAAGACGUAAUCAGGACCAUCCUGGAGUCCUGAAGAAGUUCAGAGAAGUCUGUUGGAGGUUUGUCUUCUACCUGUUGGCGUUCGUAGGAGGACUAGCAGCCCUGUAUGAUAAGGAAUGGUUUUAUGACACUCGGGAAGUGUGGACAGGCUUUCCACAGCAGUCCAUGCUGGAGUCUCAAUACUGGUAUUAUAUCCUGGAGAUGAGCUUCUAUGCCUCUCUUCUCUUCAGCAUUACCUUUGAUGUCAAGAGAAAGGACUUUAAAGAGCAAAUUAUCCACCACUUAGCCACUCUGGUGCUCUUAUCUUUUUCCUGGUGUGUCAACUACAUUCGCAUUGGAACCCUGGUCAUGCUUGUCCAUGAUGCGUCUGAUGUUUUACUGGAGUCAGCCAAAUUGUUCAACUAUGCCAAAUGGGAGAAAACCUGUCAAAGCCUUUUUGUUGUGUUUGCCAUAGUGUUUAUGGUAACACGGCUCAUCAUCUUUCCAUUUUGGCUCAUCCACUGUACCUGGGUUUACCCCCUUCACCACUACCCCGCCUUCUUCGGCUACUACUUCUUCAACGUGUUGCUGGUUGUCCUCCUCUGUCUGCACAUAUUCUGGGCCUACCUCAUUCUCUGCAUGAUCAGGAAGUUUAUGUUUGGAACGAUGACCGGAGAUGAGAGAAGUGAGAAUGAAGAGGAGGAGGAAGAGAGCAGUCAAACAGAGCACGAAGGUGUAGGACAGCACAAGCUGGGCAAUGGCCAUGCAGUUGAUGAGAAGGAGGACAAGAGCGGCUGCUUUGGGCGCUUGUCUCCACCAGAGGACAUCUGUUCCUCAAAGACUGUCUGCUGACUCAUGCUUAGUAUGAUCAGUAGAACUGAAGAUGUGAGGAACCAAAAAAUGUUGAAUUAGUUUUAUGCUCUAAAGGCUGAAAAAUAAACAAAACAUGUGACUUUUUCCUUUGAGAUGCUGGAAAACAACCUAACUCAAAUAAGCCUUGCUGUCUUACAGCGUUUUGAACUGUGAACACGUAAAGGGAGAGACUUUGAGAUGUUUUGGCAGUCUGGCCCUCCCUAGUGUUGUCAGAGGCAACAUUUCACUUGACAGCCCUGUAGGUCAAAAGAGACCAGCGAACCAAACAAACAAUGAUGUGCUCAUCAUCACCUCUAAUUUGUUUAGCAUUUUUUGUGAAGUGCAGAGUCGCUGUGCUGUGGAUCUUUCCCCCAGCUGCUUUGCCUUGAUGUUUCAUUUGUCGUGACCUGCUAGCUUUUAUCAACUCUCUUCUGGUUUGUUUGUCUGUGGAGAUUGGCUUGAACAGUUUAUUUAUGGUAAGAGGGAGAUGAAUGGGAUCUAUGACCUGUUAGGGUUUCCCCGCCACCUUUUGUGUUUGAACCCUGUCCCCUCGAACUUCUUAUCAUGUAGGCUACAGUUUGUACAUGUACAGUCCUUAUUCUGUAAUAAUACUACAUGCAGGUUUUUGCAUGUUUGUAGUGAUUUAAUUAAGCAUUAGUCUUGCAUAGCCAGCACUAUCUCCAAUGUGGCUCUUACAGGAGAGUCCAGAAAUACCACACUGCGGUUGCAUACCUCUACCAUUGCAGUUACCGUCAACAUUUUUCUUUUUCGAAUCAAUUAAUCAGUGAGUCCAUAACAUGUGUUUAGUGAGUUCACAGUAACCUUGACUUUCAGCCAUCAAAUUCUAAUCUGUUCAUCCAAGUGAAUGAUGAGGCAUUUCAUUAUGUAUUCCUGAUAUAUAACAUUAAGUCACGUGACCUUGACUUUGUGACCUGCGACCACCAGAAUCUACUUAUUUCAUUUUUGAGUCCAAGUGAAGGUUUGUGCCAAAUUUUAAGGAAAUUCCCUCAGGUGGUUCUUUAGAUAUUGCGUUCACAAGAAUGAGAUGGAAAGAUGUAUGAACAGAUGUCAUGACAAAUGUACAGACAGACACGUGCUGUCGCUGGCACAGAGGCAUCAAAAUUGUCUGGCUUGUUUGUAUUACCUUAAACAACCACAAACAUCUUGGUUCUAAGCCAAGGAUGCUGCGAUGGUGCCCUUGCAAAAUAUGCAUUGUCAGGAAAAAUUUGUUUCGGUGAAAUAUUUACACGUGGGGAGACGAUCAGUGUCAUUACAAUUGUUAAUUCCCAACAAGGAACAAGGAACGCCACACACAAAAACCAGAAGACACAGUAUGAUUAACCACUUCAAAACCUGUCAUUUCAUCACAUAGAUUGCUGGCUGGGAGGUGACUGUUGUUUCUUGUACCAAACUGGGAUUUUGAAUGAGAAAUGGCUCAAAUGCUGCAUGAGACAUGAUUAUACCCACAUCUACAUCUGGUGUGUCAGACAACACAACAGUCACCAUGUGAGCACAUCAUAUACUAUGAUAAUGUUGUAAAACUUAUAUAUUUCCACACAGGUUACACUGAUUUUGUUAUUUAUAUGAAAAUUGCAAUAAAUUACUUGGUCUGGAUUUUUGGGGCAUUGGGGGGUUAAUUAUACAUCUUUGGUGCCUGUUGGUCCGUGGUGUGUUUAGCCAGAAAUAUUUCAGGUGCUUACCAAGAAACAGUUCAUCCAAUUUUCCUAUUUCUGAAACUCCAUACAUUUGUAUGUUUAGUACAGUUUAUACACAUAUGUACACAUUUAAAUAAACAAAGUACA